AUGGCUUGGGUGUACACCGGUCCUAAUCUGAGCUCUCUCUGUUGCUGCAAUCAAAGGCACCUUCUAGCUGUGAUAUUCAUCUUUACCAUCGUCAUGGGAGCGCCACAUUCGGACUUUACUUCCGCUCCGUGGCAAAUGGCGCAGGAACACCAGCAUCAGCACGCGCACCACCACAACCACCCGCACAACCAUCCUUCGCCCGAGGACGCACCAUCGGCGGCACCCUUCCCGAUGGCGAUGUUUUUCGCGACCAAAAACAACACAAAAGUCACCGCACAACGAGGCGGCACGGCACUGCUACCGUGCACCGUCAUCAGCCAAUCAUCCGCCCUGGUGUCGUGGAUCCGCCGGCAGGACUUCCAGCUACUCACGGUCGGCCUCUCGACGUACAGCAGCGAUGAGCGGUUUUUGGUCGAACAUCUGCGCCACUUGGGCCAUUGGGCGCUCCGGAUCAAAUCCGUGCGCACCGAGGACGAGGGCCUGUACGAGUGCCAGCUGUCCGUACAUCCGGUUCAGUCCGUGUUUGUCGAGCUUAAAGUAGUCGAAGCGGCAGCGGAAAUCGUCGGUUCACCCGAUCUGCACAUCGACGAAGGGUCCACCUUGCGGUUGGAGUGUAAAUUGGAACGCGCCACGGAGAAUCCAACGUUCGUGUUCUGGUACCACGAGCAGAACAUGGUGAACUUUGACCAGGCGAAUGGGUUUUCGGUGACGCCCUUCCAACCACCAGCGUCCGCUUUUGGCCACCCGUCACCCCUCCACCCCUACCUGCUGCCCCAUCCACUCCAGGACGGCGAUCUCGAUAUGGCCCGUUCGUCAGAGGAACAGGGCUUCAACCUGCUCGGUGAUGGCGACGACGCCGACGACGACGAUGCUGCCCGGUUGCUGCACCGUUCGCUACACUUUGGUCGGGAUCCACCCACCGACCCCUACCUGCCGGCUUCCGCCUCGUCGUCCUCGCUACUGAUAGCGUCCUUGGCAGCGGCCUCUCUAUCGGGUGCGCCCUACCAGCAACACCUGGACCGGGUCGGUGGAUUGUCGGCGGAGUUGGACGACCCACCAACACCCACGGACGUCGAUGCCGAUGGCACUCGCCGGCCGCAUCUGCACCAUCAGCAUCACCUUCAUCAUCAUCAUCAUCAUCACGGCCAUCACCAGCACCGUAAUCAACAUCAUUCACCGCACGGUGCGUGGCCAGCGAAUUACACCAGCCCGCUGCCGUACUCGCACAUCCUGACGCCGGCCCCGAGCGUGCUCACGAUCAAGGAGGUCCACCUGAGGCACGCCGGUAAUUACACCUGUGCCCCGUCCAACGCACGUCCCGCCAGCAUCACCGUGCACGUCCUGCAAGGUGAAAAACCGGCCGCCAUGCAGCACGCCAACCGCAGCCAGCUGGAUGAUGGUGGGAAACAGUCCCGCAACGGGUGUCACCGGCAGCGUGCCAUUGCCGUAGCACCACUGGCCUCCAUUUUGCUGCUGGUGUUGCUGUGCUCCUCCGGGCACCUGGGUGUGUCCUUUCUCGGAUCGCAUCGCCAUCGGUGA